ACUACCAACGCUUUUUUUUAUCCGACGGAAUUUUUUCCAGUCUCUUCUUCACUGCCUUUUCCUCUUCUCUCUCUAGAAUCAGUACGGUUACUUUUCUCUCUCUAUAUCUAGCGCCGAGAAAAACUGUAUUGUAUGGCCGCCAAUUUGCAGAGCCGAGGAGUCGCGAGCUUUGGGAAGCUAUUCGUGAGCAAGAUCAGCUCAAACACUCGCAACUCCGCUUCCCUCUCUAGGAGGGGUGUACACGUCUCUGUCUACGACAAGAACCCAGAGGAGAAUGCCCAGGCAUCUGUGGUCCCAGAUGAAGUAAUCCAGCCCCAAUCCGAUAAGUACUGGGCUCCUCAUCCUCAAACUGGGGUGUUUGGCCCAGACACUGACAACAACCCUGCUGCUGCAAGUGGGGAGCGUGGUUUCCACUCUGCAUCGCCUGGCACUGUUGACUCCGUUUUGGAGCAGAAAGCCUUCUUCCGCCCCCUCGAAGAUCUGGAGAAACCUCAAGUCCAUCCCUGAUUUCUUCCAGACAGCUAAAUCCUCUUUAUAUGUUAUAUCAGAUUAAAACUAUUGUGGAAUAGUACUUAAGUAAGCAAGGAUUGGUUGAUCCUUCUAUGUGUGUGUAGUAUAUAAACCUAAGUGCAGUAGAGUUAAUACUGCUGCUAUGUUCAUCUGGUACUGUAAUAAUCUCUGCUACUAUUGCGUACUGUGGAUGUGUGUGUCCUUGGUGUGGCUUUAUAUAAAAAAAGUUAGUACUUUUGUCAUCUUUA